GCUUCACCACGACGGCUGGAUUAAUUAACGCGGGCGGUGCUUAUCCUACACGUCCCGCAACCAAUUCUCUGCAGCCUUCCGUUGCAUCCACCCACGUUGGAACGCCUAGUGGUCCUUACAACCACUCUUCCCAUCGUGAUCAUGUGUCGACUCAUCACCGACCCAGCAACCAUGCUAGUGGCUAUGUCCACCCGCAGCAGCAACAACAACCCCAUCAUGCCUCAUUUACCAAUAGAUAUCCUGGAAGUGUAGCAGCCGACCAUCAUUCCCAUCCCCCUCCAUCGGCACGCAACAACCACUACCAACCGCCACAGCAGCAACACCAUCACCAUCUUCAACAACAACAACAGCAGCAGCAGCAACAUCAUCAAGGAUUUCACUAUCCGCCUCAACCGCCACAUUUGGAGCAUUAUCAAGGUCAACCGGGUUCACUAGAAUGGGGGACUUCCAUCCCGCAGGCGCAUCAGUCGCCGCCGCAACAAGCAGUACCCCUCCCGGUGGCUCCGCCAGCCCAACCCUACCGACGCUCCGACCGAGAUGAACACGCCCCUUUCAACCCCAAACCACAGUAUCACCACCAUCAACCACAACAACAGCAGCAGCCUCCUCCCGUCGUACCCCAACAACACUACGCUCAGCACUUGCCUGGGCAGCAACAACACCACUCUCUGCCUCCGCGGGCAGCUGUGGUGGUGGCUCCCACGGGCUCUGGAGCGGGAUUGACCAACAACAACAACAACAACGGCAACAGUAGCAGUAGCGGUAUCGUCCACAACUCGAAUGGUCCAAGUAGUCGAGCUUCGUCUUCUUCACCAUUUGGAACUGGAUCAUCCCCUCAGCGCCAUCAGACCCCUCCGAUCGCCACUCAAGAUGAAAACGCAGUUUUCAGGAAGGUUCGAGGAAUUCUCAACAAACUCACACCCGAAAAAUUUGAGAAGCUCACAGUAGAUAUCCUCAAUGUGGGCCUGGAAUCCACGGUCAUUUUGAAAGGUGUUAUUCUUCUGAUCUUUGAAAAAGCUCUUGAUGAACCCAAGUAUUCGUCUAUGUACGCACAGCUGUGCAAACGGUUAGCAGAAAAAGCCCCCAAUUUUGAUGCUCCCGGAAAGCUCUGUACGUUCAAGCGACUACUGCUCACCAAGUGCAAGGAUGAAUUCGAAAACCGAGCCCAAAUUGCUCACGAGAACGAACGUCGAUUCGAAAGUGCCGCCGUCGUCGCCGCCAAUGGACCCAAUGUCAACUCCAAUAUCGCCCCUCCCGACAUCGAGGAGGCCAAGUACAUGGCCAAGCGGAAAAUGCUCGGCAACAUCAAGUUCAUUGGCGAGCUGGGCAAGCUUCAGAUCGUUCAGGAGUCAGUGCUGCACAAAUGCUGCGAGCAGCUCCUGGUCGGCCGGAGAAAACAACCUCUUUCCGACCAGGUGGAGGAUUUGGAGUGUCUGUGUCACCUCAUGAAGACCUGUGGCAAACUCCUGGACACUCCCAAAGCCAAGGUCCGUAUGGAUCAGUAUUUUGAGAGACUCCAGCAGGUCACCGACAACGAGCAGAUGCCCACUCGCAUCAGGUUCCUCGUGAGGGACCUCCUCGAGAUCCGCAUGAACAAGUGGAUGACUCGACGGGUGGGAAAGACACCGGAGGGACCUCGCACCAUACAGCAGGUGCGGGAGGACGCCUACAGGGAUGGAUGCAUCUACAUGCCGCAGGCCAACAGUCCGCCCACCAAGCCCACCAAUCAUCCUUUGGGGGGUGGAAUGGGUGUCUUCAUGAACCCACUAGAAGGGAGCUUCUUCGAUACCAAGCCCAAGGGAGGCGAUCUCUUUGGCAAGGUCUCCAGCAACAUCAUUGGCUUCAUCCCAACCAGCUCCGGAUUCCUUGGAACCGGGCCUGGCACAAUUCACGCCGACGGAUAUGAUGAACCCCCCAUUGAAUUGUCGCCCACGCCUCCAACCAGGCCCUCAAACGGGUUUGGAGGCAUGGACAAGGAUCUUGGGAAUCGUGGCCCAUCUGAGACCCGAGCGUUCACGCCCAAUAACCCACACAACAACAACAACAGCAACAACAACAACCCCAAGCACUUGCGACAGAACAGUGGAUCCUCGUCUGGAGACAAUUCGAGUAGCGUGCACAGCAGUAAUGCUGAUUUUAGCAACUUCAGGAAAGGAGGAGCGGGAAUAGGGGGUGGAGACAAUGGAAACAACCGACCACAGCAGCAGCAGCAUCAGCAGCAACAUCAGAACGACCGCUUCAACAACUCUCGCGGAGACAAGCACCUCGAUUUUGGGGAUCGAUACUCCGCCAACCGAACCAAGGACAGACAGAGACGUGAAAGAGAAACCCAGAACCGCAAUGGUGGUCACUAUGAUCGGGAAAAUUUCGACAACCACGGAGCUCGCGACCAUGGCGGUGAUUCUUCAUCUUUCUUCAACAAUAGAUCCGGCGACGGCCAUCAUCCUCGUGACAAUCCACGUGGUGGGAGCUACGAUCGGGACGAACAUCGUCCGUCUUUUAACAGUCAAGACGCCUACGACAACAACCGUUGGAAUAACCGUCUCAACCAACAGGACAACCGCCGCUUCGGAGACAACAAUAGAUCCCAUUUCCGGGAAAACCGUGACAACCGAGACCGGCCUCAAGGUGGAGGAGGAGGAGGAGGAGGAGGUUUCAGACGGGAUCGCUUCGAACGGAACGAGUUCCCGCCUCCCGGGGCUCGAAAUCACAAUCAAUUCAACGAGGACUUCCCACCUGCGGGCAGCGCCAUGUCGAACUCUGGACCCGGAUUGCUUCCCCCUCGGCUCAAGAAAAUGGUUCUCAACCAAGGGGGUCUUGGUGGGAAAGACUUGGAGAUAUCUCUACGACCUCAGGUAGCCAACAACAUGCUAUUCAAGCCCAAAACGCCAAGCAUGCUACCCAAGUCCGCUCAGCGUGGGCACAGCGAUGGCUCUCCUUUAGGAGAGAACUCGCUCUUGGGUCCGGCUGCCCUCUCUCAUCAAUCCAAGAUUAUGAUGACCACCAACGAGCCGCUUAUCAUCAAACAGGCGUCACUGGAGAAAGGAGGCCGAAAGGAAAAGAAUCGGGCAGGUAACAAGGGGCCAACUCGAGAUGAAGUGUUCGCCAAAAUGGAGACUAUCCUGGCCAAUCUGCUAGAACACCAAAGCACCAAUGAAGCGGCCGAGAGUUGGAAGGAGAACAACUGGCUUCCAACCAAGAUGAACCAGACGGCCGUGACGCAUUUCCUCAAGCUAACACUUGACAAAGACGAGCCUCAACGAGAACUGGCAUGCAAUCUCAUGCACCAAUUGGUCAGGGAUGGCACCAUCAAUGCCACUCAUUGCUUUGAGGGCAUUAGUAAGCUGAUGUCCCAAGUCUCUGAGAUGGAGAAGAGCCAACCCGCGGUCAAGAAUCAUCUGGCCGAUGUGGCCCAAUGGUUGGUGAAGGAGAAGCUGGUGAGCCUCAAAGAGUUGGCAGAUAUGCUGGAGGACCGAUCCGGUGGACUCUAUCCGAUCCUACUUCUGACCCUUCAACGACUUUUGAAGUCCGUUGGCCAAGAGCAAGUCAAAGCCAUGGUGGACAAAGUCUCCCCUCCCCUCCUAUUGGUCCAACAUGUGCCAGCCGAUCAGCAAUCCGAUGAGAAGUUGGUCCAAGUCUUGGAGGAGUUCCAACUAUCUUUCUUGGUCCCGUUGCUUAUCAUUCAACAGGAUCUGUCGAAACAACUUCAGAUGGAUAAUGAUCCCAACACCUUGUUCAAGUGGAUCCAGAGUAACGUGGACAAAGAGACCCAAGAACAGCCGGGUUUCAUUCGAGCCCUGUUCCAAGUUGUCGUGACGCAUAUUGUUCGAGUCACGACCCUGUCGCCCGAAACGGACCCAACAGUGCUACCCGACAAAGCGACCAUGGAACAAGAGAAAGAACACCUCUCCCAAUUCCGUUUAGUCUUGCAACCCUUUGUCCAAGAUCGACCCCAUCUUCAACUCCAUGCGGUCUACGCCCUCCACCUGUUCUGCCAUCAGAAGAGCUUUCCCAAGGGCAUGCUUUUGCGAUUCUUUAUCAACUUUUACGAGUUGGACAUCAUGGACGAGCACGCGUUCCUUCAAUGGAAGGAGGAUGUGAAUGAAGCUUUCCCUGGCAAAGGCGAGGCCUUGUUUCAGGUCAAUCAAUGGCUGACUUGGCUUGAGGAAGCCGAGUCUGAGGAGGAAGACGAUGAUGACAAUGAAUAAUAACAAGACCCAUUUGCCUAGAUUGUUCAUUCAAACAUUACAACAUAAGCCAGUUCGGUCAAAAUCUGGGUCCCCAAAUACAUGAACAACAACUACUACAACUUCUGCAAACAAUCCAGUUCAUGAACUGAAAACUAUGCUGCUGUAUCCCCUUCCAUCUUGGAUAAAACAAUUCAUUUGGCUGAAUCCAAUACAGUUGUAACACUUUUAUCUCUUUUCAAACGUACCAACAUCUGAGGUUAAUUUCUUGGAGGGGAUUUAUUUGCCCUGUGAAGUUCCUCAGUAUCCUAGCCCCAAUUGUAAGAUUUAUCGAAGUGAGCUGUGCUUUUGAAGUCGUCCUUUCGUUCGUUCAUCUCCCUUCCGUAAAAACACGAAAACGGAUUGUUCCAUUUUCUUUUUUGUGUCCUUUUCAAACUAGAUCCGAUCACAAUUGAUUUAACGAGUUGGUGUAAGAACACGUGUGAUGGAUCAUGUAAAAUACAUUAAGAUAAACACCUCCUGUAUUGACUGUGUUCAGUUUAAAACAACAAAGUAAACAAAUUCAUAGUUUUGUAUGACUGACUUGAUGAAUAUGUGAUUGAGAAUGUGCUGCACGAAUGACUGGCUAAAGUGCUCGACUGUUUUCAUGUGGAGAAAUACACUUGAUUCGUCUGCUUUUUGAAAA